UGAAAAACAAUGGGGUCUAAGAGAUGAGGAAAUAUACUUCGGCGAUCAAUUUUGGUGGCGGUGUUGUCCCAGGUGAGAACCGUGUAUUCCGGGCGCUACGCAGCGAGGGUGAUUACUGAUUAGGUUCUACAUCUUGGGUACAUACACCGGCUGCUUCUACACCUCCGGCGCGUAUCACCAUCGGGAUUGUGUUUCCCAGCGGCACCGCGUCGAUCGCUUCCUAGACCGUCCUUUGCUUGCCUUCAGUACUCCAGCUGCCAUUGUUCUCUAUUUUUUCUCUCUUCCUCAGUGAUCAAUACUUGGGUUUGUGGAUCCAUUGCUGAGGAAGUACGCAGAAAAAGGUACCCGUUUGCAGCAAUCCCUUUGUUCUAUCUCCCCUGCACCUCUUCCUUACUGGGUAAAACACUUGAAAUCUUCGUCAUUGCGCGUCCACAGAAACGUUGUUUUGACUGAGUCGGGAUCUGCGGCACUUGUUUGCGUUCAUCUUGCUGUGUAUUAGCAUUCAGUCUGUGACAGGUGUCCAAAGGAGCAGAUUCAUUAUUCAAACUCGUUCUGACUUCACGACGUUUUACGUGAUUUCAUCUUCACCCAAAGCAGAACACGUUGCACACAUGCAUACGAUUAAGACCCAGUAAACCCAAUCUUCUGCAUCUAAUAGAGAGCUACUCGUUUCAUCUGAUCGAAUAGUUCAGGCUCCAGAUUCCAGAUCAAUUAUUGUUAUACCGCCUUGGAACGAAGUAGUUUCGACGUUCUUGACAGUUCCAGACUCCUGAGCUUCUUCCACAGAGAUUGCAACAUAAAAAUCCGACGAGACUUCCAUUCUUCCCUUCGCCGGAUCAAAAGAGAAGCAGGGAAAGAAAAUUAGAAGAGUCAUGGCAUUCUACUCGGGAGGUGAGGACGCUGUGGACGACUUCGACGAGUAUGAUCCAACACCCUACGGUGGAGGGUACGACAUUGUCGUCACUUACGGCCAAUCUCUCGAGCCUUCCGAUGAGAUCUGCUACCCGAUCUCGUCCUCAUCGUCCGAUAUCGAUUGCGAGAGGCCCCAGUACUCUUACUCUGAAGCAUCCGCUUACGGUGACGAGGCUCUUCAGGCUGAAUACAGCAGCUACAACCGCCCCAACAGGCCAAGGCCCCGGCCUCAGCCCGGCAGGCGUCCUGAGGAAGACGCCGGCGGCAAUGAAUACGGAUAUGGGGAGAGCCAAGAAGUGGGAGAGUACGGAUACGAGAGCGGGUAUAAACGAAAUGAGGAAUACGGGUAUGGCGGGAGGAAUGAGAGGCCCAAUGACGAGGACGAAGAAGAGAAUCGGCGUCGAAGGCCCAGUUAUGGGCGUCAAGAGGAGGAAGAAGAGUACCGGAGUCCCAGUUAUGGGCGUGAGGAGGAAGAGGAGUACCGGAGGCCCAGUUAUGGGAGGAGCGAGGAGGAAGAGGAGCGCCGAAGGUACCAGGAGUCGAGUUAUGGAGGGGAAGAGUAUGGUGGCCCUCAAUAUGGAGACAACAACUCUGAUGGUGAGGAAAAUAAGCGUCACCAUCACAGGCACCAUCACCUCAAGCAAUACGAUGAUGAAUGAGCUGAUGUUUACCAACUUGUGUCCACUUCCCGCUGAAUAUGUCCACUCUAUACAAGCCUACUAAAUAAAGAGUUGGGAGUCUGCGGUUUGGUGGACUCGGCCGUUGAGCAUUCAAAAAUAACUGGUGAAAUAUGUUACAAACCUACAUGCGUUAAGAUUUGUGAAUAAUACAACCCAGAUCUUUUUCUGGGUUUGUUUUAAGAAUUUCAGAUUUUGUGCUUGCCAUGCAUUCUUGCA